AUGAAGGUAGACGAGAUUUUCCUCGUUGCCACGAGCUAUGCGGGAAGAUUCCAGACCCCCUGCCACGUCGCUCUGGACAAGCUGGGAAACAUCUUCUCAUCAGAUGCAUCAUCUGAGACCAUCAGAGUGUAUCGAGGACAAGACGGGACUCUAAUCUCGAAGAUACGCCUGAAAGACUCUCUGAAGGACCAGUCCCCGUCGACUGUCAAGUGCAUACAGGGGCUGGUUCUUGAUGACGAGGAGAACAUAUACGUUGUCGAUGGCUUCAACCACAGGAUAUUGCUGCUCAGGAGCGACGGCAGUCUCGUUCGGGAACUUGGCGUCAGUGAAGAUGGAAGGCCAAUGCUGUCCUUCCCGAAAGGGAUCGACUUGGCGGACGGUGGGUUCAUUUAUGUUGCAGACGCCGGGAACAAGCGUGUGGUGGUGAUGGAUCGAGGUGGGAGGUUUGUCAGGGACAUCCAGUCGCCACAAGAGAUGUGCAACCCCUGUGCUGUUUGUGUUGACGAGAUCGGAUUCGUCUAUGUGGCCGAUGCAGGACUUAGCAGCGUCUUUGUCUUCGAUGUCGACGGAGAGCUGAUCAACGAGUUCGACGGAUCAAGUGUGCUAGCCAUCAGUGAAUGUAGAAGACAUUCUGAGAUGUUCUUCGAAGCUAGCGAAUACGAAGGCGCGCAUGUCGGAGAAAACAAGCUUGUUUGCCCACUGUCAAUCACACUGGGCAACGACGGUCUCCUCUACAUAUGUGAUGAAGGUGCGCAUGACAUCAAGGUCUUCACCAAACAGGGGCAUUUCGUCAAGAAGAUAGGCAGACACGAGUUUGAAAGUUGCGCGAGAUUAGUUGACUCUUGA